AGAUGGCUUGCACUGCCGUGCGGUUCCCGGCCAAGCAAGACAGGUUUAUUUGUAUCUAUCCUGCUUAUUUAAAUAAUAAGAAGACCAUCGCAGAGGGAAGGCGAAUCCCCAUAAGUAAGGCUGUUGAAAAUCCUACAGCUACAGAGAUUCAAGAUGUAUGUUCAGAAGUUGGACUUAAUGUAUUUCUUGAGAAAAAUAAAAUGUACUCUAGAGAAUGGAAUCGUGAUGUCCAUUACAGAGGCAGAGUCCGGGUCCAGCUCAAACAGGAAGAUGGCAGCCUCUGCCUUGUACAGUUCCCAUCAUGUAAAUCAGUAAUGUUAUAUGCAGCAGAAAUAAUACCUAAACUAAAAAGAAGGACACAAAAAACAGGAGGAGGUGACCAAAGUCUUCAACAAGGAGAGGGAAGUAAAAAAAGGGAAAGGAAAGAAAAAGAAGUAACCUCGUAUCAGCAUCAAGUUUGUGGUACUACUGUCAGAGACAUGAAUGGAGUUUCGAAUUUGUAUUAG